AUGGCGGCUAAGGAGCGACUGGACACCAUUCGCAAGCACCUCCAGGGAGCCGGUAACGAGUCGAGCGACGAUGCACGCUCCCAGAACGGCGCCGCCGCUGCAAAGGGCGUCUGCCCCACCGCGCCGGUUGCUAGAACCACCACGAUUCCGAGACGAAGUUCAUGUGCUUACUUAAAACUUUGGCUCAACAGAUACAAGAUUGGAAACAAGGUGCUGCCUCACUUCAAGGCCUGGGUCGAGUCAGCGCUGGGUGUCGACCUCAAUGUCCUCAUUCCAUCGCAGGAGCCCAUAAAAAGCACCAAGUCCUCUCUGCAAGGCUCCUCCAUCGUGGCCAUUAACCCUGUCCACAAGUGUGUCAGGCCGCCCCCUUCGGACCAGGACCUUCCGCCCCCCAUCAUCAACGAGCCAUUCCUCGAGGAAGUUCGUCGUGCUGGCAUCUCCUACUCGGUUGAUGGCCAAGACAGACUUUUCAGGGCGCAUGGUCACACCAUGCGAGAAAUCUUCAUACUGCGUGAAGGUUCUUUUGCUCGAAUUCCUGACUUGGUCGUCUGGCCACUGUGCCAUGAAGACGUCGUCAGCCUCGUGUCAUUGGCUUCACAGCACAACGUUGUGAUCAUUCCUUUCGGAGGUGGCACAAGUGUGUCGGGUGCCCUUGAAUGCCCAGCCGGAGAGACGAGGAUGAUCGUGUCGCUGGACACAUCUCAGAUGAACCGCAUCUUGUGGGUGGACAAGGUGAACAUGACCGCGAACAUCGAGGCUGGUAUCAUUGGCCAAGACCUGGAGAGACAGCUGGCAGAGCAUGGCCUGUGCACGGGCCACGAGCCAGACUCGUAUGAGUUCAGCUCACUCGGCGGUUGGGUGGCAACGCGGGCGUCUGGCAUGAAGAAGAAUGUGUACGGCAACAUUGAGGACCUGGUGGUACAUGUGCGCCUGGUCACGCCCAGCGGCACGGUCGAGCGCAGCUGCCAGGUGCCCCGGAUCUCCUCCGGCCCCGACGUUCACCACUUCGUGCUUGGGUCAGAAGGCACUUUGGGCGUGGUGACCCAGGUGGUACUGAAGGUGCGACCGUUGCCGCAGUGCCAGCGCUAUGGCUCCAUCGUCUUCCCCACUUUCGAGCCGGGCGUCGCCUUCCUGCAGGAGAUCACCCGACAAAACAUUCGUCCGGCCUCGAUACGCCUCAUGGACAAUCAGCAGUUUGUCUUUGGGCAAGCACUCAAGCCCGAGCCAACCUCACUUCUCGCACCACUGUGGGACGGCUUCAAGAAGUUCUACGUGACGCGCGUCAAGGGCUUCAAUCCAGAGAAGAUCUGCGUGACCACUCUGCUCUUUGAAGGCAACAAGCAGGACGUUGACAUGCAAGAGAGGCGAGUGUACGAGAUUGCGGCCAAGUACGGCGGCUUGGCUGCUGGCGAAGAGAAUGGCCUGCGGGGAUACAUGCUGACUUUUGUCAUCGCCUACAUCAGAGACUUGGGCAUGGACUUCAGUGUUGUCGCCGAAUCAUUCGAGACGUCGGUACCAUGGGACAGGGUGGUGGACCUGUGCCGCAACGUCAAGGACGUCAUCAUGCGAGAGUCUCGCAACCACGGGGUGUCACUACCUCCUCUGUCCUCGUGUCGCGUGACACAGACGUACGAUGCGGGGGCCUGCGUCUACUUCUACUUCGCCUUCAACUACUCCGGGGUCGCUGACCCCGUGCACGCGUACGAGGAGAUCGAGGCCGCAGCGAGGGAAGAAAUCCUGGCUUGUGGAGGCAGCAUUUCCCACCAUCAUGGAGUUGGCAAGAUCCGAAAGCGCUGGCUCGAGCAAACAAUAUCAAGCACGGGCUUGCAGAUGCUCCGAGCCGUGAAGCACAGCGUCGACCCAGCAGAACAUCUUCGCCAGUGGCAAUCUGGCAAUGUGAAGUCAAUGAACAAAAGGACUCUGCUUCUUUCAGAAGCGUUCUCGCAGAAAGGGCUCACACUUGGGGGGGGCCACAUCGUCCCUGGAGCAGCCGACUGGCUAGGAAGCCAGCUUCUUCGGACAGUUUUGUAAAGGGCAUUAGGGUGAACUGUUGAUUGAGCAAUGUCACAAAGGGGUGGAAGAAAGAGACCACUAGGAAAAAAAAAAAAAAAGAAUCGAUGGAAUAUAUUUCACUGGGGCAUCUUUGUGAGCAAGUUGGUGAAAUUCUGUUAAGGUACUGUUAUACUCUGGUGUUCCUGGUACGGGCGAUCGCGUCUGCCGGCACCGGUUGCAUUGGCCCAAUUGCGCAACUGCUGGCCAGAAAUUAGGCUUCUUACACUUCGGCCGGCUACAACUACUCUGAUGACACGCCUUGUUGCCCAGCGACCGCGGCCUGUGCGUAGACGGCAACCGCCACAGCGUAUGCACCCGCUGUGAGAUCGCGUCUGUUCGAACAUUUUGCGAAUUGCAGGCCUUGUCGCCAAGUUCAUUAGCGUCUGCCGGUGAGGGUGUACACUGCAUUCUGGGGAAAAUGCAUCGGCGUUCGGCAUCAAAGUAGAGCACAUUCAACCUCCGCACUGCCGGCGUCCAAGCACAUCCAGUGCCACUGGUCGCAUUCAUUGCAUUGGCAUAGCAGAUUGUAGAGCCAUCUCGUCGAUGCAAUGUUGCCUUGGCAAGCACGCACGCUCGUGCUGAGUUGGAGUAUAACAGAGCCUUGAGCAUGAUUGACUGUGUAUAUUAGCACGAACCACACAAGGAUAGAUGGACAGGACGAGUGCAGGCUACCAACUGAGUUUAAUUUCUGCUUGAAUGCAUUAGUGACACUUCGAUAUUGCUGCAUGGCUCAGAGAUAACCUUCCUUGGUUGCUGUGCUGCUUAUUGAUGUGUCCUUUCGCCUUCUGUCUGUGCAAGCGCAAUACAAAGUGCGCCAGUGCAUGUAUAUUGUGAAAAAACGCAGGAUAUUAAGAUCGGAUGGUAGUUUUAUGGUUGACCUGUCCAAGUUUCUUUUUGCGGUUUGUGUUUACAUGUACAGUCAGUCACGCUAACAAAGUGGUGGAACUUUUCUGUGUGUUUUUUUUUUUUAGUCGAGGUCUCAGUGAUACUCGAAAAACAAUGUUGGUAGUCGCUUACCGAUUUUCAGCAGUGUGGUGGGUCAUCCCAAAGUUGCAAUGGGUCAUGGCUGGACCUGUUGGAGGUUAGCAAAACUGCUGUUUAUGCCAAAGGAAAUCGCCAUCAAUUCACCAUCAAAUUCCGCUGUGUUGUUCAAUUCUGUCAUCUUGGCGUUUUGAGCCACUCGGCUCAAAGAUGGCAAAUUCGUGGGAAAUUCUGACGAGGUGGCCAAUGCCGACAAUAUGGCAGAAUUUAACAGUGUCCAGAUGAAAUAGUUUAUCUCGGCACUGCAGCUUCUGUCUUUGACCAAUUUCUGUCAUAUAUUCGACAUCUUUCUCGAAGUUGGCUGGACCUUUGGACAGUUGUGCACUUCUGUCAUGUAGCUCGUGUGAGGCAUGUUGGCAUAGCAUGUGUGAAAGUUGUCAAGGUUUGUUUCUUUAGUGGUUCAUUGUGUUUUAAGUUGAUAAUUUCAUUUAACAAUUAUCGCAGAUUAAAUGGUACUGGGGAGGCAUCACGUGUUUUGUACAUUUUUUUUUAUAGUGUGUUUUCUGCCUGUGUGGUCAAGCGUUUCUUAUAAAACCAGGUGGUCUGCGCUUGUGCAAUAUUUUCAGCAAGCAACGUUUAGGAGGUAAGGGUAGUUUCUCAGGCUACAGACAUUUGGCAGAAAUCUGGAACUUGGCUUCCCUGCAAAGCUAUACCUGCAAAACAGUCCUUUUCAAUCCAAUCGGUAGGUCUCAUGCACAGGUUCACUUCAGCAUUCCUUUUAAAAAAAUGAAAGAGGCAUACUGUCUAGCCUCAACAAAUGGAUUACGCUUCUCAAUACUUUGAUCUCUGAUGGUUAAUGUUCCUGUUUUGAGUCUGUUCAGAGGGUGGGGUGUCUUUUCUAAAAAGAAAAGAGUGGAUGGCAGCUUUUUCUGAGAAACAGGUCCUCAACAGAACUCUAUUUCUCAAUUUUUGGUUUGCAGCAAUGCAACAUUGACCAACACCUCCAUAAUUGUGACUUUCUCCCUAAGCACUCUGAGCAAAAAUGUAGCCUUUAUCGUUGCGGGACAGCCGACUUACAGAAUUUUGCCGAUCAUCUCUUCAUUUAAUAAUGUGUCUCUGGUUCGACAGCCAUCUUUCGUGAUUUGAGGGAUGCAAUAUAUAAAUGCGUUGCGGAAUCUUGUAGCAACUCAGUGGUGUUGAGCCGUUUGUAAAGCCUGCAUUGGUUACCACACAUGUGGCCCAAAAUUCGUUUGUUAAAUCGCGGAAGCUUACUGUUACAGGAAUACAUAGAGUGACUGUGCUUCCAGUGUUGUCCGGUUACAAAGGGAAUUUCAUUUUCUUUUGCCAUAGAAAGGAAGGGUGGGGGGGGAGGGGUAGCUUUGGAGGUUGCAACUUCAGUAAUUUUUUUUUUUUUAGCUUUGUAGAAAAUAACGCAGCAGUAACAGUAGUUUUAAUGUUCCUGCUUACCAGAAUUCUAAAUCUGAUAGUGCAGUCAUGCUUGUUAAACAAGAUUCACACAACAGACAGAAUUGCUGAUUCAACUGAGCUCAGUGACAUUAAACCACGCUGGGAGCAGCUAAUGUGAAACACCGUUAAUUGCUGUCUAAUUAAUUAGGAUGGGCUAAGAUAAGCUAGCCUUCCAGCAUGGCAGUGCAUUUAUGUAAAGGUAGGUAUGUACCUAGAUGGCUGCGUACAUGUUAAGUGUGUUUGAUGAGGUGCUAAAAACAGCAUUUUUCACCGGCAUACAGUAUGCAACAAAACGCUAGCAUGUGCAAUGGGGAGUUUGUAUUAGCUUGAAUGUCCGACAGUAGUGCAGCAAAUGCGAAACAUGGUUAAUUGAGCGUAAAGGUGUCACGGCACCUAAUUUUUUAGCUUGUACUAUGUAUUAAAUGUUAAACCGUACACGUUCCACAGCAAGUAGGCAACAUUUGAGUGCAUUCGGUGCAUUUCUUUGGCGCAGUUGAAUCAUGCAACAGUCUCGUAACAUUUGACAGGGGACGAAAUUAAUGAUCGUGGUCAAUGUGCAUGGAAACAUGAUUGGUGGUCAUCUGGGUGGUCAGCCCAAGAGUUUCUACGGCUCCCAUACUUGAUGUUGCACGAGCCAAGCAAGAAUGAAGGUUUCUAUCAGUGGGAAGGGCUUGGAGACAUCGAUUUGCGAUUGAAAUGUUGGAUUAAAAUGUGUGUUGAGAGUGCAGUUUUCUUUUUUUUGUGUGUGCCUUUGUGUCUUGCCAUACUGCCACCUCUGGUCUCACUUAGAAGCACAAACUGGGAAUAGUUUGACAACCAUGGCAAUAGCCCAUUUAAAGGAUUACUGACGCAAGUAUUCUCUUGCAUCUUUUUUUCCUUGCUUUAUUCUUAUUUCCUUUAAGAUGCAUGUCUCUUCACACUUUGUAGUCAUUAGCAUUUACCAAGGUUUGCAGUCGUUCGGGUCAGUAUCUUUUUAACACAUUUUGGGCGAAAUAGAUCUCGCACCAGCUUAUCGCAAUAUUGUGUCGCCGAUCUCUACAGGACCAGGCAAUAGUUGACGCUAGAAUACUCACUGUUGCUUACUCGGGAGCUGUAUCAAGUAACAAUUCUUCUCAUUAUCCAUUCUUUUUGUCCUUCGUCAUUGGCUGGCGCAAGUCGAAGCCUCAGUUGUCAUCAUUAUUGACCAAUCACUGCAACGUGCGAUAACAAAUUAAUAGAUGGGAAGGAAAAUAAUCCUUGCAUAAUACGGCCUCUGGUUAGUCGGUGCAGCCCUUGGUUAGCCACCCAGCCAUAGCUGGGUGACCAAGAUAUUGUAGCAUAUAUUUUUUUUUUUUUCAAGUGCAGGUGCAAUUUUUGCUUUCAAGUAGUAGUCUCAUAGCCAAAUGAUCAAACCAUGGAGUUUCAUACAAAUACUAGAGGGAAAACGGGUGUUGCAGUAGAUCCAGCCACUGUGAGGCUGAUUGAAAGUGUGGCCUCGGAUUGGCACCUGUAGACUCGUGUGCUGCCGUAUGGAUUCAGUUCUGCAUCUCUGCAAGAUUUAUUUCGCUUCUAAUUUUCUUGUGUCUUGGUAGUUGAGACAAAACUGUGCAGAAUUAAGCACAUUUUGAUGUUAUAGAUAGUCUUCCAUGCAACCAUUUAAUAAUGGUACGCUGGCACUGCCAUUGGUUGUGAGCAUCAAUGAACGCACAGGCGAUUGGAGUUUGUGAAGACUUGCAACACUGUUUAUGAAUGUUCUGUCAUUUCUAGGGAUAAAUUUUGUACACAAUGUUUUAGUUGCGUGCUGUGGCGUGUUUCUUGCCAGGUGCAUUUAUACAGCCAUAUUCUCAUCGUGGUAAGUGACCAGCCAAAAGAGGCUGACACUUGUGGUGAAUGCUGCGCCCAUAAGUGCACUACGUAAGCACAGCCAUUCACAGCUAGCUACUUCAUGCUCAUAUUGCUAGUGCCACCUUUCCCUUUAGACUUAGCUUUUGAAAUUCUUAUGUAUGAAGUGCUGUGUAGUGUCAAUUUAUCGUUUCUUUGUGGCAGUGAAUGUAUGGUGAGCACGCGAGUAUGUACAGCAGGGUUGAGCACUGUCAGAGAAAAGGUAGCCACACAUGCUGGUACACAAGCUGAAACUGCUGCAGGUCUUUGCAUUGCCUUGUUUUUUAUGUGCGAGUAUUUUUGUCGAUGAUUGUGUGAAUAAAUCGGUUUUGACAUUCCCA